CGCCGACGUCAUCCGAGCGGAGUGUGUCAAGUCAUCGCGAGACAGCAGCUGUUAGUCACGUGCUCGUCGUCACCAUUCGCGAACUUGCAGGAGACACAAACAUCGAUGGGGAGUUUAAUCAGGUUUUGAUAAUCUGCAGUUACAGUGGUUUACAGUGGUGAAGUGAAGUCCAGCGGGGAAAUGUCCAGCACAGCCAUGAAGAAGAAGGUGCUGUUGAUGGGUAAAAGUGGAUCAGGAAAGACCAGUAUGAGGUCAAUUAUAUUUGCAAAUUACAUCGCCAGAGACACUCGCCGCCUUGGAGCCACAAUUGAUGUGGAGCACUCUCAUGUGCGGUUUCUGGGCAAUCUGGUGCUGAACCUGUGGGACUGCGGUGGGCAGGACACUUUCAUGGAAAACUACUUCACGAGUCAAAGAGACAACAUCUUUCGCAAUGUAGAGGUGUUGAUCUAUGUGUUUGACGUGGAGAGCCGAGAGCUGGAGAAAGAUAUGCAUUACUACCAGUCGUGUCUGGAAGCCAUCCUGCAGAACUCGCCUGACGCAAAGAUCUUCUGCCUGGUACACAAGAUGGACCUGGUCCAGGAGGACCAGAGAGACCUGAUUUUUAAAGAGCGUGAGGAGGACCUAAAAAGACUGUCUCGCCCACUAGCCUGCACCUGCUUCAGAACGUCCAUUUGGGACGAGACGCUGUAUAAAGCGUGGUCCAGUAUCGUGUAUCAGCUCAUUCCUAAUGUACAGCAGCUUGAGUGUAACCUGCGCAACUUCGCUCAGAUCAUUGAGGCAGAUGAAGUCUUACUUUUUGAAAGAGCUACUUUCCUGGUGAUCUCUCAUUAUCAGUGUAAGGAACAGCGUGACGCUCACCGCUUUGAGAAGAUCAGUAACAUCAUCAAGCAGUUCAAGCUGAGCUGCAGCAAGUUGGCGGCCUCUUUCCAAAGCAUGGAAGUGCGAAACUCUAACUUUGCUGCCUUUAUCGACGUGUUCACGUCCAACACCUACGUCAUGGUGAUCAUGUCAGACCCGUCUAUACCUUCUGCUGCUACCCUCAUCAACAUCCGGAACGCCAGGAGACACUUUGAGAAGCUUGAGCGUGUGGACGGGCCCAAACACAGUCUGCACAUGCGCAUGCGCUAGACUGCCAGCAUAGAGAGUUUGAGUGUCUGAACUUUUUUCUCGCAAUUG